AUGACAUCUCCCUACGCACCAAGCUACGAGUUUACAACGCCGCCGUCCUCUCUUUGCUACGUGGCCUCUGAACUGUUCAUAUCUGUCUGUCUGUCUGUCUAUCUAUCUAUCUAUCUAUCUCAUCUCUUCAUAUCUAUCUCAUUCUGUUCAUAUCUAUCUAUCUAUCUAUCUAUCUAUCUAUCUAUCUAUCUAUCUAUCUAUCUAUCUAUCUAUCUCAGUCUAUUCAUAUCUAUCUCAUUCUAUUUAUAUAUGUCUAUCUAUCUCAUCUUUUCAUAUCUAUCUAUCUCAGUCUGUUCAUAUCUAAUUCUGUUCAUAUCUAUCUCAUUUUGUUCAUAUCUAUCUAUCCAUCGAUCUAACUUACUCUGUUCAUAUGUAUCUAUCUAUGCAUCUAUCUAUCUAGUCUGUUCAAAUCUAUCUAUCUAUCUAUCUUUCUUUCUCGGUCUGUUCAUAUCUAUCUAUCUAUCUAUCUAUCUAUCUAUCUAUCUAUCUAUCUAUCUUUCUUUCUUUCUUUCUUUCUUUCUUUCUUUCUUUCUCGGUCUGUUCAUAUCUAUCUAUCUAUCUAUCUAUCUAUCUAUCUAUCUAUCUAUCUAUCUAUCUAUCUUUCUUUCUUUCUUUCUUUCUUUCUUUCUCGGUCUGUUCAUAUCUAUCUAUCUAUCUAUCUAUCUAUCUAUCUAUCUUUCUUUCUCUGUCUGUUCAUAUCUAUCUAUCUAUCUAUCUAUCUAUCUUUCUUUCUUUCUUUCUUUCUUUCUCGGUCUGUUCAUAUCUAUCUAUCUAUCUAUCUAUCUAUCUAUCUAUCUAUCUUUCUUUCUUUCUUUCUUUCUUUCUUUCUCGGUCUGUUCAUAUCUAUCUAUCUAUCUAUCUAUCUAUCUAUCUAUCUAUCUUUCUUUCUUUUUUUUCUUUCUCGGUCUGUUCAUAUCUAUCUAUCUAUCUAUCUAUCUUUCUUUCUUUCUUUCUUUCUUUCUUUCUCGGUCUGUUCAUAUCUAUCUAUCUAUCUAUCUAUCUAUCUAUCUAUCUAUCUAUCUAUCUUUCUUUCUUUCUCUGUCUGUUCAUAUCUAUCUAUUUAUCUAUCUCAUCUGCUAUUUCUUUGGUACUGUGUCUUUUCUUAUUUGCUUCUUCUUUCGUAAGAAACGGCAAAGUUCAUCCCCUGGCGACACCCAAAAUAACUUGAGGUAUCAGCAGUUUAAUCUAUCUAUCUAUCUAUCUAUCUAUCUAUCUUCGUCUCUUCAUUAUCUAUCUAUCUAUCUAUCUAUCUAUCUAUCUAUCUUCGUCUCUUCAUUAUCUAUCUAUCUAUCUAUCUAUCUAUCUAUCUUCAAUGCUUUUAUUUCCUUUCUUUUAUUUUCUUUCCUGAAUGUUUUUAUUUCCUUUCUUUUAUUUUCUUUCCAGAAUUCUGUUAUUUUCUUUCCAGAAUACUUUUAUUUCCUUUAUUUUCUUUCCAGAAUGCUUUUAUUUCCUUUCUUUAUUUUCUUUCCUGAAAGCUUUUAUUUCCUUUCCUGA